AUGCCGAGGCCCAGGGGAACCCCAUGGAUACCUUCUACCAUGAUCCAUCCGUUGGCGAGCAUAAACCUGGUAGCUUGGAUUUUCUUCACUGUUGUCUGGGUGACCAUAAUUCAGGCACAACAGCAUCCUAUAGUCACCACAAACUACGGCAAGCUGAGAGGGUUAAAAACUGCAUUACCUAAUGAGAUUCUGGGACCUGUGGAGCAAUAUUUAGGGAUCCCAUACGCCCUUCCUCCUACGGGUGAGAGGCGCUUUCAACCCCCUGAGCCUCCCAUGUCCUGGCCGGGAAUCCGCAAUGCCACUCAGUUCGCCCCAGUAUGUCCACAGUUCCUGGAAGAUCGCUUUUUGCUCAAUGAUAUGCUGCCUGUUUGGUUCACAGCCAACUUGGAUACAGUGGUAACCUACGUGCAGGAUCAGAGUGAGGACUGCCUUUACUUAAACAUCUACGUCCCUACUGAGGAUGUAGGAUCCAACACAUACAAUCAAGCCGAUGAGUUCACCAGUAAUGAUGGUGGCCAGGACGAAGAUAUUCAUGAUGAGAAUGGUCUGAGACCAGUCAUGGUUUACAUUCACGGUGGAUCCUACAUGGAGGGCACUGGGAAUAUGAUUGACGGCAGUAUCUUGGCCAGCUACGGUAACGUCAUCGUGGUCACCAUCAACUACAGACUGGGAGUGCUGGGAUUUCUUAGCACAGGUGACCAAGCAGCCAAGGGGAAUUACGGGCUGCUAGACCAAAUCCAAGCACUUCGAUGGAUCAAAGAAAACAUACCAGCCUUCAAAGGAGACCCCAAGAGAGUGACAAUAUUUGGCUCUGGGGCUGGAGCGUCAUGCGUGAGCUUACUGACUCUCUCUCAUUAUUCAGAAGAUCUUUUUCAGAAAGCCAUCAUUCAGAGUGGAACGGCUCUAUCCAGUUGGGCAGUCAACUAUCAGCCGGCCAAGUACACGCGUAUGCUGGCUGAAAAAGUGGGCUGUAACAUGCUGGACACCAUUGACCUGGUGGAGUGCCUGCAGAAUAAGAACUACAAGGAGCUUAUUGAACAGUAUAUCACUCAGGCCAAGUACCACAUUGCGUUUGGCCCUGUGAUCGAUGGUGAUGUCAUUCCCGAUGACCCGCAGAUCCUAAUGGAGCAGGGUGAGUUCCUCAACUAUGACAUCAUGCUUGGCGUCAAUCAGGGCGAGGGCUUCAAGUUUGUGGAUGGCAUCGUGGACAGCGAGGACGGUGUCUCAGCCAACGACUUCGAUUUCGCCGUGUCAGAUUUCGUGGACCACCUCUACGGCUACCCCGAGGGCAAGGACACCCUCCGAGAGACAAUCAAGUUCAUGUACACGGACUGGGCCGACAAGGAGAACCCGGAGACCCGACGGAAGACGUUGGUGGCGCUGUUUACCGACCACCAGUGGGUGGCGCCGGCGGUCGCUACUGCAGAUCUCCACGCGCAAUAUGGUUCGCCGACGUAUUUCUACGCGUUCUACCACCACUGUCAGAGUGAAAUGAAGCCUUCCUGGGCUGACUCGGCCCACGGAGAUGAGGUGCCAUACGUUUUUGGCAUCCCCAUGAUUGGCCCCACUGAUCUCUUCAACUGUAACUUCUCCAAGAAUGAUGUCAUGCUCAGCGCUGUGGUAAUGACCUACUGGACCAACUUUGCCAAAACAGGAGAUCCAAACCAGCCUGUCCCGCAGGACACCAAGUUCAUCCAUACUAAGCCUAACCGAUUUGAAGAGGUGGCCUGGUCCAAGUACAACCCCAAGGACCAGCUGUACCUGCAUAUAGGGCUGAAGCCAAGAGUUAGAGACCACUACCGCGCCACCAAAGUGGCCUUCUGGCUGGAGCUGGUUCCUCACCUUCACAACAUCAACGAACUCUUCCAGUACGUCUCCACGACCACCAAGAUCCCGCCACAGGACACCACGCCUUUCUCCUACACCAAACGCGUCAAGACGUGGCCGUCAACCACCCGGCAUCCAGGGGUGCCUCCACCCAACACCAAACAGAGCACCGACCAGCGGAAGGGAAGCGACCUGGGCGACGACUCGGCGGUGGUGAUCGAGAAGCGGGACUACUCCACGGAGCUGAGCGUCACCAUCGCCGUGGGAGCUUCUCUCCUCUUUCUCAACAUUUUGGCUUUUGCCGCACUCUACUACAAGAAAGACAAAAGGAGGCACGAGUCGAACCGCAGGGGGCCAAGUCCACAACGCAACUCCGCGCCAUCCAACGUCGCUAACGCGGCCAAUGCCAAUGACAUCGCCCACCUGCAGAGCGAGGAGCUGAUGUCGCUGCAGAUGAAGCAGCAGCAGUUGGAGCACGAGCACCAUCACGAGUGCGAGUCGCUGCAGGGUCACGACACGCUCCGUCUCACCUGCCCGCCCGACUACACGCUCACGCUGCGCCGCUCGCCCGACGACAUCCCCAUCAUGACUCCCAGCACCAUCACCAUGAUCCCCAACUCUCUGGCCGGCAUGCAGCCGCUGCACAACUUCAAUACUUUUGGUGGCAGUCAGAACAGCACCAACCUGCCCCACGGCCACUCCACCACCAGAGUAUAG